UCAUAUUCUCUAAUUCAACAAAACCCUAAACAGCGUUUCGUUUCCAUCUAUCAACCAAUCUCUCGUGCUUUGCUCUAAACGAUGGCGGCGGAGAGAACGACGAUUACUCUCGGAGGCAAAGGAUCUUCCUUUUCUUCCUCCUCCGUCUACAAGAUCGCUUCCGGCGUCGCCACCGUACGAAUCGACUCUUCCGCGAUCGAGAGAUUCUCCACCAAACCCCUCCCACUGAUCAAAAGAGCCUCCUUUGGCAUCCCUCAAGGGCUAACCACCGAAGAGACCCGAGCUUCCUUGGCUGUGCUCUUGAACAAGCUUCUCUUGUCAAACUCCGGUUCGGUCCGGUCCGUUCUCCCGGUUAAGAUACUGGAGAUUCUGAACUCAAAGGACGAGACUUUCGAGCUUGGUGAAGAGGUUGUGGAAGUGACGGAAGGUGAGAAUGUCGUGUUGGAGAAGUCUUGCGCUUCGUUGGUUGGAGUGUGUUCUGUUAUAGAUCACAAGUCAACGGCUUUGUCGCAGAUCGUUGACUCUGUUGCUGCGUUGAGCUGCGAGGCGGCGAAAGGUGAUGUCUCUUCGUUUAAUUCGUUGGAUUCUGGAGAUGGGUUUGGUUAUAAAGACGCGAUUAGCGUCGCUGGCGAUCUCAAGGUUUUGCUUAACGGGUCUAAAGCUGUGGGGAAGGUUGAGGUUGAGGAGGUUUCGAAGAUUCCGAGGAUUCACGGGAAGUUUAGAGAGGUUGUGAGGGGUGUGCAUUCGGAUGCUCGCGUUGAGUUGAACUCUGGUGUUAAAGGAGGGAAGACUGGGUCUGGGAACUCUGCGGUUGGUGAGGCUUUGGGGACAACGUUGUUGGGUUUGUCUAUGUCGGUUAAGAGCUUGGGGGAGUGUUCUUUUCUUCGUGGUAAGCUGUGUGCUGAGUCCAUUGGGGAUGAGAGUGUGAGGAAAGUGGUGUUGGAGAAGAGCUGUGUUGAGUAUGAGAAGCUGAAGAGUGGUUAUAAGUCGGCUCUUGUUGAAGAGGAUCAAUGCAGAUUUGCGCAUAAGUUUAAUGAGUGUUUGGGGAUUGUGUGGAGAAUCGUUGGCUUGGAAGCAGCUGCUGCCUUUUUUGUGCUCUCUGGUGGAGACAAAGAGGAGUCAAAGAGCGAUAAGAAAAAGAAGAAAAAUGCAGUUUUGGGGAAGGGGACAAGCGUAGUGAUCCAGUUUAUCAAAGAGAGAUUGGUGAGUGAUGGUGUUGACCAGGUUGAGCAAAUCUUGAGUCUUUAUAAUCCUGAGAGUCACGGUUUUGACUAUCUGUUGGCUAAAGUGAAAGAGAUUGUAGAAAGUAAUGAAAACAGGAGACUUCCCAAGCUUCCAAAGGGCACUCGAGACUUCGCUAAAGAGCAAAUGAUAGUGAGAGAAAAAGCUUUUUCAAUCAUACAAAACGUUUUCAAGAAGCAUGGCGCCACUGCACUUGACACUCCUGUUUUUGAGCUGAGAGAGACACUUAUGGGGAAGUAUGGAGAAGACUCAAAGCUGAUCUACGACAUUGCUGAUCAGGGUGGAGAGCUUUGCUCCUUAAGAUAUGAUCUAACAGUUCCAUUUGCACGGUAUGUGGCUAUGAAUGGUAUCGCAUCAUUCAAAAGAUACCAAAUAGCAAAGGUGUACAGAAGAGACAACCCAUCUAAAGGGAGAUACAGAGAGUUUUAUCAGUGCGAUUUCGAUAUCGCUGGCUUGUCUGAACCAAUGGGACCUGAUUUCGAAGUUGUCAAGAUUCUAACUGAGCUUCUUGAUAAACUGGAGAUUGGAGAUUAUGUGGUGAAACUGAACCACAGAAAGUUGCUUGAUGGGAUGCUGGAGAUUUGCGGAGUACCAGCUGAGAAAUUCAGAACCAUCUGCUCGAGUAUCGAUAAGUUAGACAAGCAAACAUUCGAGCAAGUGAAGAAGGAGAUGGUGGAGGAGAAGGGUUUGUCUCCAGAGAUUGCGGACAGAAUCGGCGGCUUUGUCAAGGAGAAAGGAGCUCCCAUGGAGCUAUUGACUAAACUGAGGCAAGAAGGGAGCGAGUUUUUAGCAAACACCUCAUCAAAAGAAGCUCUUGAUGAGCUGAGUAUCAUGUUUGAAGCUCUGGAGAGGUCAAAGUGCAGUCACAGAAUAGUCUUUGAUCUGAGUCUAGCUAGAGGCCUUGAUUACUACACGGGUGUCAUCUUUGAAGCCGUUUGUAUAGGAGCUGAGGUUGGAUCAAUUGCUGCUGGUGGGAGGUAUGAUAACCUUAUAGGAAUGUUCGGAUCAAAGCAAGUGCCUGCGGUUGGUAUGAGCCUGGGGAUUGAGCGAGUGUUUAACAUAAUGGAAGAACAGCAAAAACAGGCUGUUCGAGCUACGGAGACUCAGGUAUUGGUUAGUGUAAUGGAGGAUAACAAGCUAGGGGAAGCUGCGGAGCUGGCUAGUAUGUUGUGGGAAGCUGAUAUCAAUGCAGAGUACCUUGUGACGAAGAGGCAAACAAAGCAUUUUGAUCGUGCAAAGAGUUCAGGGAUUCCUUGGAUGGUGGUUGUGGGGAAAAAUGAGCUCAGUGGAGGUGUUGUGACGUUGAAGAAGGUGGUUGAGGGAAGUAAAGAGGAGGUUAAGGAUGUUCCAAGAGACAGUUUCGUUGCAGAAUUGUUGAAGCGUCUCUGAGUUGGAAGAGAUCAAAGUUAGACACACUCGCUGGCUCUCGUGUUGCCUUUUUAAAAUUUUUGUACUGAGUUUUUUUUUUCUAAUGAUAGACUAUUAUCGACCCUACCUAGACUCUUGAUCCAAAUCAAGAAACCCUUUAAGACUUAAA